AUGAGCGAUUUUUAAGAAAAUUAAAAAUAGUUAACAAAUUCAGGAAUUUAACAUUCGACUACUUCCUAAUCUAUUUAAGGAUCUUCAUCCCAGUCAUAAUCGGGAACCUUGUACAAUAGAGAUGAAUCAACUGUAAAAAAUAAUGGCGAUUAUUAAAAAAAUCAAGACCAAUUAGUUUAAUAAUUAUAAUCCAAAAUCAAAGAAUUAACUGAUGUGUUAAAAGAAAAAGAAGUAGAAAUGUCAAUGACUUUAUAGGGAAAUAAAAUCUAAUUAACUGACUUAUAAGAUUAGAAUUCAAAGAAUAUGAAAAUCAUCUAAAAUUUAAAUCAAUAGAACUUUGAGUUAAAAGAUUAAUUGGCCCAAUUAUAAAUGAACGCCCAACUUUAAGAAAAGGAGAUGUAGAAUUUAAAAACUUAAAUAGAAGAACUUAAAAUUGAGAAUGGGACCCAAAAUUUUAGAGCUCAUAACAAAAUAUAAAUUAACGAUGUCUCUGAUUAAAAGUAUUAAGGACAAGAGGAAAAUUAACAAGAACUAAUUAAUUUCUAACCAAAAAAACAUGAAAUAGCUUUAUUGUCAUUUAAUGAUUCCGCUGAAAUGUAUAAAAAUAAAUGUGGACAUAUGAUAGAAAAGAACAAAUUAGAAAGUUUAUUAAUUCAAGCUGUGAAGAAUAAUUAAAUUGUAAAAUGCGAAACUUGCAAUUCUAAUUUUUCCGCCACUAUUUGUUAGGAUAUUGGCAUGAUUGGUGAAAAUUACUUAAAGAUAAAAUCCACUUUAGAAUUAUCUUAAAUGUACAAUAAUUAUAAGCCACUUUAAAAAUCACAUCUUAGUGUAGUUUCCUGUGAAAAUCCAAGCUGUAAUUUUUUUUGUUUUUAUUAAACUGCAAAUCAUUAUGACGAUAGUGAUUAUAGUUAUUGCCCUAACUGCUUAAUAAGGUCAGUUAAUAAUCCUAAAGAAGUGCCCAAUAUUAUUACAUUUUGA